AUGGGUCAAGGCGGUGUGGUUGGAGCUGCCCUCACUUUGGCUGUAACGACGAUGGGUGCGGGAAUUCUCACAUUACCCGCGGCAUUUUAUAAUGCUGGUGUAGUGCCUGCGAUGGUAAUGCUCAUUAUAGUAGCCUUGCUCACCAUUGUGUCUAUUGACUAUAUGGUUCUUUGUAUUGACAAGAUUGGUGUUAAUUCAUAUGAGCAAAUUAAUAGAGUAUUACUAGGUAAAAUUAAUGAGGAACUUGUACGUUGGAUGUUAAUAGUGUAUAAUAUUGGAUCUGCUAUUGGAUAUCUUGUCGUGCUUGGAGAUCUUUUUGAACCUUUACAGCCUUUCAUCUCACAUCAUAUUCCUUGGCUCACUUCAAGGAAAGAUACACUUUUUGUUUUUUGGCUUGUUGUGAUUCUUCCUUUUUCAUGUGUACCUGAUAUUUCUUUUCUGCGAUUUGCCUCAUUUUUGGCGAUUUCUGCCACUUCACUUAUAUCGUUUCUGGUGGUAUUUCGUUAUUUUGUGCCGUUGAAUGAAAUGAGAGGAGAAUCCUCUUCUACAAUCAUCAUACAUGAUACGAAUAAUAAUAAUAAUAAUAAUAAUAAUUCGGAUAAUGUUUUGUGGUUUAAUGGUAGACGUCCACUCUUAGCUUUACCGAUAAUGAUGUUUUCUUUUGAUUGUCAAUCACUUGUUUUUCAAAUAUACUCCAGUUUACAUGAAAUGCAUCGUCGAAAUAUGAUGCGUGUUUCUAUUCUGAGUUUAAUCAUUUCAGGUACUAUUCAUGCCGCUGUGGGAUUAUUUGGUUAUCUUGGUCAUCCAACAGAUGUUCGGGAUAAUGUGAUGAGUAAUUUCAAUCCAAGAACUGAUUCUCUUUUUGCCUUUGGAUAUCUCAUGUACGCUAUUCCCGUUAAUCUCGCCUUUGUGCUUAUUCUCUUUCCCACACGAGAUGCCAUUUUCCUCAUGUGGUAUGGAUAUAAUGCCGCUACAGAAGCCAACACAAAAACAGCAAUGAUCACAACAGCAACAACUACUACUACUACUACUACAAUAUUACCAUCAUCCGCCUCUUCUUCUUCAUCCACAAUGCUGUACGGUGAGCCAAAUUCCCGUAUUCCAUUACGAGAUCAUUUAAUUGUGAGUAUUUCUCUCUCGGUGGCCUGUAUUGCCGCCGCACUUGUAGUGCCUGGAGUGGCUGCAGUAGUGGCACUUCUCGGUGGUGUGUGCAGCAGUACAUUGUGUUUUACUUAUCCCGCAUUGUACCGCAUUCGACUGCACAAAAGUGGUGUUCUUCGUUGUUGUCAUUGGAGGGAAUAUGUGAUGAUGUGGGGAAUGUUGGCAGUGGGUGUUGUUGGAGGACUGCUUGGCACUAUUGUAGCGGUGAUGGAAUAUGUGUAG